AUGGCUGCAGGAAAUAAGGACUGGAAAUUAUGCGUCACAGGGUGGAACGCGUUUAGCUUUUCGGUGAUUUCCACUGACAUUCGUGAGAAGAAGCUUCCUGACUUCACCUACGUCCGGUCCAGCUCAAAUGACACGUCCCGUCUCCCUCGUUCUGGACACGGCCGACAAGUGAAAAGAAUUUCCCUCUCCCUGCCCUGGAAAUCUCUUCAGUGCCUGAGAGGCGGCACACAGGACUGGAUUCCCCACGCCGCCCAGCCUCACACUGAUCAUCAGGCGGCUUCCACAGCAGCGGUUCGUCCACAAGGUCGGUUCAGCCGGUUGGCAGGAAGCCAUUGCAUCAUUGUCCGUCCAGGACGCUCACGGAGGCGCCCCGCACCCAGGGACAACCACAUCCAAUCAGCGAUACCGCUGGGGAGCUGUCCCGGCUCUGAUUGGUCGGGGACUGAUCCCCGCCCAGUGAGUGGGCGGGACGCUAAGCGCCUGGUGCGGAGGGCGGGCCGGGGUUUGGAACAGGGAGCGAGUGGGCCCGGGGAGAGGCCGCAGAUCGGGAGCUGCAGCUCGGGCAAAGGCUGCGACACCGGCCGGGGCCGCGAAACCUUUCCGUGCCGGGGGUGCAGAGACUGUGGCGGAGAUUCCGUCAGAUCUCUCAGCUACACGGAGGGUGAGCGGCCUUUCCCCGCCGUGGAUCGGGGCCUGUUGUCUGCAGCUGCUCCUGAACCCGCCUCCUGCUGCUGGGAGCCGGGAGCUGCACCGCAGCGGCUGCUGAUGGCGUCUCUGGGCCUCUCACCGCUCCCCUGUGGGAUCCGACAGGCUGAAGGCCGAGUGAGAACAAGACGCAAAGUUGGUUCAUCGUUGUUCGUGCCCUGAAUUCCGAGAAACCGUCAAUCCAACUCAUGGAUGUGAGGAAGUU